UUUUCCGGCGACCGCAGUGUAGUCGUCGAGCGUCCGCUAUUUGUGCGCUGUCGAGAGCAACUGAUAUGAAAGUACGCACUCCGCGUGCCUCUCUUAAACGAGAUAAAGCGAAGCCUCUAAGAUUACUUCUGCGCGCAGCGAUAAGCGGCAUAUACUUGUAUACGCUGGCGUCGUCUUACGGAGCAUCCUUCGUGCAAUGGCCCCCGUCUUGGAAAGCUGUCGUGAGCUGCUUCUGGAGUUGGGCAUAUUCUUGUGGUGCAAUGCGGUUAGGCUUGUGUUCGCGCUGUGUUUCUGCUGGAAGAAGCCUCAACCACUGCCAGCUGUUACGGACAAGCUUCUGCUGCGUUCUGCCACAUCUCUUGCCGACGACAUCAGAAAUGGCAAGGUCAAAAGCGUGGACCUUGUCUCGGCCUACAUCAGACGCAUUCGGGAAGUGCAGCCCAUUAUAAACGCUGUCGUCGAGGAGAGGUUUGAAGAGGCUCUCAAAGAUGCCGAGGAGGUCGACAGACUGGUGACAUCGGGAACAAUGAGCGCAAGUCAAAUGAGCAAGGAAAAGCCACUGCUGGGGCUGCCAUUCACUUCCAAGAACAGCAUUGCAAUCAAAGGUAUGCGACAGGAUGCGGGCUCCUUAUUCUGGCAUGGACGGCGUGCUGAGGAAGAUGCCCCGAGUGUGGCGCUGCUCAGGGCAGCCGGAGCCAUCCCACUGGCGCUGACCAACGUGCCCGAGAUGUGCAUGUGGGGCGAUUCGCAGAACUUGGUGGACGGCUGCACGCGUAACCCCCACGACACUCGUCGUAACCCUGGUGGAAGCAGUGGCGGAGAGGGAAGCCUUCUGGCAGCGAGUGGAUCCCUGAUUGGUCUAGGCACCGACAUUGGCGGAAGCAUCCGAAUACCAGCAGCCUUCUGCGGAAUCUUCGGCCACAAGCCAACAGCUGGAGUGGUGCCCAACACUGGCCUGCUGCCAGAUGUCGGAGAAAACCUGGAGCAGUUCAACUGCGUGGGACCCAUGACCAGGUUUGCGGAAGACCUGCCGCUGGUGUUCAACGUACUGGCGGGAAGUACGACCAUGAGGCUGAGACUAAAUGAAAAGGUAAAUCUGAACAUGUUGAAGCUUUAUUACAUGGACACGGAGGGAAGCCUUUACAUCAGCCGGACGACAAAUGAUGCCCGCCGAGCUGUUAGGCAGGUCGUACGGUACCUGAACGAGACGCACGGACUUCAAGGGCAUCCGCUGCAGCUGCCCGAGUUGCGAUUCGGCACGUUCGAGUGGUUCAAGGUUGCUGGCGUCAAGGAACCCAAGCCGUUGUCCGAGGUCUUUAGGCCUGGUGGUUUCAACACUGUAGUUGAACUCCUCCGCCACCUGGUGGGAGCUGGCCGCCACACACUCGCAGCGUUGGUCGCAUGCAUCAUGAAGCAACUUUGCCGCUUCCGUUCGAAGCCGAAGGGCGAAGCGUACGCCACUUCCUUGGAAAAUGUCCGCGACCGGUUCGAGGAGACACUGGGAGACAAUGGAGUACUAGUCCUGCCCGCGGCCACGAGCGCGGCCCUGUUUCAGAAUCAAGACUUGAUGUUCUUCGAUUCGGCGGGCAUGACGUCCCUCUUUAGCUUGUUCAAGGUGCCAUCCACAGUGUGCCCCGUAUUGAGGUCAGCGGAUAACCUGCCCCUGUGCGUCCAGGUUGUUGCCAAGAGGGGAAACGACAGGCUAUGCCUUGCCGUAGCCAGGGAAAUCGAAAAGCGCUUUGGUGGGUGGAUUGAUCCAUCGGCGAAAGUUCAAGGAAGAGCUUGACUACAGGGUAAAGACAAAUUUAAAAUAGCUGGCCACUGUUUUUCGUGUAUCUUACGUUCAUCAGAAUCGUAAGAAAAGUGUUUCCGCGCGUGUGUGGUAUCUGUGUAAGAGAUCACUCAGCAGCAACCGCUUGCAUUCUUAGUUUUAAAACACUCUAUAUACAAGGCUAUAUAUGUUUUCUGCUGGUAUUCAGCUUGCAUUCUGAGUUUUAAAACACUCUUUACAAAACUGUAUAUAUAUUCUGGUAUUUAGAAUUGCCUUUAAAAGAGACCCUUGCCGUUUUCUGUAAAAAGGUGGUGCGUUGGCGUGUCCUAAACACUUGUUUAAAAUUUUUAUAAAGACAUUGCAAGCGUGCUAAGUUGCUUCUUAUGGCUUCUAGCGCGAGAUGUCGUAAUAAAAUAAGCUGAUCUUCUUCACGCGUCCCCGCAAGCUUUCAUCUUGUCAUAAGAGGACCUUGCAGCGUUAAGUCCAAUUAAAUCAAUCAGUUUCAGACAUUUUCAUUGUUUGUGAUGCAAAUAAUGGCAUGUUAUAUUUAUACAGGCGGGACUCCAGAACCCUUUCAAAGGUUGCGGAACGGGUCAGUUGCUGAGCAGAUGUGGUUACAAUUUAAUUACAAAGCAAAGA